UAAACGCGUGAAGCCAAACAUCAAAUUACAGCGGACAGGAAAAAGACUCCCCAAUCCUCAAGAGCUCACUAACGUUAUUGUCUUUUUCCCCAGAUUCCCUCCGCUUUUCCUCUCCCCUCCCCUUAUAUUGAAAGCUUCUGUCUUUUUUUUUUCUUUCCUUCAAUAACUAAACUUUCAUUUAACUCCUGCUUCUUUAAAAUAACAUCAACAGUAACACAGUGUAAUUAAUAUUGUUGGGUCAAUGAGAGGCAGUUCUUUACCGACGCACGAGAGGCGGUGGGCCUCAGACACUAUUCCCGCCAAAACCAUCCUCAGUUCAACGACGUCGCCGGGGACUGAGUCCAACUCGGCCGAGGAGUUCGUCGAGGUCACUCUCGAUCUCCAAGACGAUGACACCAUCAUACUCCGAAGCGUCGAGCCGGCCACUGUCAUCAGUGUAGAUGACGGAGCGGAUACUCCGGCCUCUGGCUCACGAUCGCCGGCGAUCAAGCGAAGCUCAUCCAAUAGAUUGAGACAGUUUUCACAAGAACUAAAAGCGGAAGCCGUAGCCAAAGCCAAGCAGUUCUCACAAGAGCUAAAAGCUGAACUACUCAAGUUCUCAUGGGGCCACGGACACGCAGCUCAAACUAUAACCGGAUUAGACUCGGUUUUAGCCGCUCGAGCUCUUAGAAAGCAGCGAGCUCAACUCGACCGGAAUCGCUCCGGGGCUCAAAAAGCACUUCGAGGAUUAAGAUUUAUACGUAACAAUAAAGCCAAUGCAUGGGAAGAAGUUGAAAACAAUUUCAACAAACUCGCCAGAGACGGCUUUCUCUUCCGCUUCGAUUUCGCACAAUGCAUAGGAAUGAAGGACUCGAAGGAAUUUGCGUUGGAGAUGUUCGAUGCAUUGAGUAGACGAAGGAGAUUACAAGUUGAAAAAAUUAGCAAAGAUGAGCUUUAUGAAUAUUGGUCUCAAAUCACCGAUCAAAGUUUUGAUUCUCGCCUUCAGAUUUUCUUCGACAUGGUGGACAAGAAUGAAGACGGUAGAAUUACCGAGGCUGAAGUAAAAGAGAUUAUCGUGCUAAGUGCUUCAGCAAACAAGCUAUCGAGAUUGAAGGAGCAGGCGGAAGAAUAUGCAGCUCUGAUCAUGGAAGAGUUGGACCCUGAAAGACUUGGAUACAUUGAGCUGUGGCAAUUGGAGACACUUCUCUUGCAAAAGGACACGUAUCUGAGCUACAGUCAAGCCCUAAGCUACACAAGCCAAGCCCUUAGCCAAAACUUACAAGGAUUAAGAAAGAAGAGCAGAAUCAGAAGGAUGAGCGCUAAACUUCUGUACUAUUUGGGAGAAAAUUGGAAGAGGUUAUGGGUCGUGUCAUUGUGGAUUUUGAUUAUGAUAGGGCUCUUUACUUGGAAGUUCUUUCAAUACAAACAGAAGAAUGCUUUUAAGGUUAUGCGUUAUUGUCUCCUCACUGCCAAGGGAGCAGCCGAGACCUUGAAGUUUAACAUGGCUCUUAUCCUCUUGCCCGUGUGCAGAAACACCAUUACUUGGCUCAGGUCCACCAAGCUGAAUCUUUUUGUUCCUUUUGACGACAAUAUCAACUUUCACAAGGCUAUAGCUGCAGCGAUUGUUAUUGGAGUCAUUCUCCAUGCUGUUAACCAUCUUGCCUGCGAUUUUCCGAGGCUUCUCAAGUCUUCUACUCAAGACUAUGGUGAUUUUCUAAUCCAAGACUUUGGAAGUCAUAAACCAACGUACAUAGACCUGGUAAAAGGGGCUGAAGGAGUGACAGGAAUUCUAAUGAUUAUCUGCAUGGCAAUUGCAUUUACACUGGCAACAAGAUGGUUUCGGCGGAACCUGAUUAAGCUGCCCAAGCCCUUUGAUAGAAUCACUGGCUUCAAUGCCUUCUGGUACUCACAUCACCUGUUCGUCAUCGUCUACGUCUUGCUCAUCAUCCAUGGUGUAUUCCUUUAUCUCGAGCACAUAUGGUACCGAAAGACGACUUGGAUGUACCUAGCUGUUCCAGCUUUGUUAUAUGCUGGAGAAAGGACACUGAGAUUUUUCCGAUCUGGUUUCUAUACCGUCCGGCUCUUGAAGGUUGCAAUUUAUCCCGGGGGUGUUCUUACAUUACAAAUAUCUAAGCCGCCUCAAUUUCGGUACAAGAGUGGACAGUACAUGUUUGUCCAGUGCCCUGCUGUCUCCCCCUUUGAGUGGCAUCCAUUUUCCAUCACCUCUGCUCCCGGUGAUUCCUACCUUAGUGUUCAUAUCCGACAGCUAGGUGACUGGACCCAAGAGCUCAAACGGCUAUUCUCAGAUGUUUGUGAACCUCCUGUAGCUGGGAAAAGUGGCCUUCUCAGGGCUGAUGAGACAACUAAGAAAAGUUUGCCAAAGCUCUUAAUAGAUGGGCCAUAUGGUGCCCCGGCACAAGACUAUCGGAAGUACGAUGUCUUGUUACUUGUAGGCCUUGGAAUUGGUGCAACACCAUUUAUCAGCAUCUUAAAAGAUCUGCUUUACAACAUUGUCAAAAUGGAGGAGCAGGCAGAUUCGGUCUCAGAUACCAGCUGGACAUCAGACCUAAGUACUGGGAGCAAUGAUUCAACCACUCACAACAGAGUUUCACCGAAACGGAAGAAAACUCUUAAGACGACCAAUGCUUACUUUUAUUGGGUAACCAGGGAGCAAGGUUCAUUUGAUUGGUUCAAAGGAGUCAUGAAUGAAGUUGCAGAACUUGAUAAAAGGGGUGUCAUUGAAAUGCACAACUAUUUGACUAGCGUGUACGAGGAAGGAGACGCACGUUCAGCUCUUAUCACCAUGGUCCAAGCACUAAAUCAUGCCAAGAAUGGAGUUGACAUCGUUUCCGGCACCAGGGUGCGGACCCAUUUUGCAAGGCCUAAAUGGAAGAACGUCCUCUCUAAACUAAGUUCCAAGCACUGCAAUGCAAGGAUAGGUGAGCCCCAAUUCUAUAAAAGCAAAUUAAAAUGGCAAUCUUCUCUGUCUUCUUAUAUUGUUGGUGGUGGUGGUUUUAUUGUGGUGGAGCAGGAGUCUUUUACUGCGGUGCUCCGGUUUUGGCUAAAGAACUUAGCAAACUCUGCUACGAGUUCAACCAAAAAGGUUCCACUAAAUUUGAAUUCCACAAGGAGCAUUUUUAAAAAAGAAUGAUCAUGGGAGUAAAUAGAAAUAAGAAAUUUUGCAGUAAGCCAAGAUAGGAGUCGUUACUGUACAGUUACAAUAGAAAAGGAGAGAAAAAAAAAAAAAGAAGAAAAAAAUU